ACAUAUUGGUACCUUACAAAAUACCAUUCUACUGGAUCAUAAACCUUGGUAUUUCCAAUUUAUUUGAGAGAAUCCUUUGAUGCUAUCAUCAUUUAUUGUUACUUGUUAGUCCUUUCGUCUAGGUCAACUGGAUUGUUGAAAGUUGAAGGCCUUACCAAUUUGUCUAAACCUCUCAUUUUAUUCUGUAUACUGACACUCAGAGGUAUUCUUAACACUCUAUUUGGGUGUUUCCAUAGUCAAUUGUGUUAAAACAACAACGACAAACAUGUAUGUAUUAUACAAUAAGUAUUAGAUUAUUGUUAGAGCUGUCAAACCUACAUUAAUACUUUAUGUCAUGAUGCAUUAUUACAGUGGGAGGUGAAUGGGUUGGUCAGUCUGAUUCAGACUCUGUAUAAAUGUGAGGACAGUACAGAGAUCAGAUCAAACUCCUCACAGGAGGACGACACUCAUGGCCAAUGAGACAGAAGAUCAUGAGACUCAAUACUGCUUUCCUGCUGUUAACUCAUCGUGCAUCAAGACCAAACGCUCCACACUUGAAUCCAACGUCAUGUAUGUGUUUUUUUCACUUCUGUCUGUAUGGACCGUGUUUCUGAACCUGCUGGUGAUCAUCUCCAUCUCUCACUUCAAGAAGCUUCACACUCCAACCAACCUGCUCAUUCUCUCUCUGGCUGUGGCCGACAUGCUCGUGGGACUCAUCGUGAUGCCUGUAGAGGCCGUCAAACUGAUCGAGACCUGCUGGUACUUUGGAGACAUUUUCUGUGGACUGUUUUUAAUCAUCAUGGGACUGCUCCUCUUAACGUCUUUUAAUAAUCUUAUACUUAUUGCUAUUGACCGUUUUAUUGCUGUGUGUUACCCUCUACAGUAUGAAUUGAAAAUAACGACAUCUAAAACCUUAAUUUCCAUUUGUCUCUGCUGGUUUUUCUCCACAGUUUAUAACACCACAGUUAUCGCUGUCAACAAAUAUAUUAUCACCUCGAACAGAACAGAUGGGUGUUAUGGAGAGUGUACCUUUGUAAUGGGUUUUGUAUGGGGAGUCGUUGACCAGAUUGUGGGUUUCUUUUUGCCUUUUAUUGUGCUCAUCACUUUCUAUCUGAGGAUAUUUUGUGUCGCACAACAGCAUGUGAAAGUUAUAAACUCUCUGAUAAAGAGUGGAAAACAUCUAACAGAAGGUUCAAUAAAAAGGAAGUCAGAGAGUAAAGCUGCUCUUACAUUAGGGAUCAUUGUGCUUAUUCAUCUUCUCUGCUGGUCAGGCUAUAUUUUUUAUCUUGCAGUGAGUGCAGAUGCCCCCUCUGUUGUAAACUCAAUGAGCUGGACUGUUUAUUCUAGCUCAGGUGUAAAUCCUCUUGUGUAUGCUUUAUUUUACCCCUGGUUUAGGAGGGCAUUAAAACACAUCUUGACUCUUAAAAUAUUCAGUCCAGCAUCCUCUCUGGUUAAUAUUCUUGCAGAUCAUCAUUCAUAAGACGUCAGUCCAGUACUGUUUUUUUUUUGUCAUCUGUUAAACCAUUCAAGCAAACAGAGCUAAUUUUAGCAAAUAAAUAUAUCUGUAUAUAUAUAUAUGCUGGUCUAAUUUAUAACAAUUACUUGUUUAUUGAGUCCUUCUUGUCUCUAUCUUUCUCACAGUGUCUUAUAUGUAUCUCUGUAUUUGUAUUAUUUAGUAAACAAUUAAAAGCAUGACCAAACCCCUUAAAGAAACCAAAAAUGUUAAUUCUGUCAUCAUUCACUUGUCUUGUCUUUUCAAACCUGUUUGACUUUCUUUCUACUGCACAACUCAGAAGAAGGUAUUUUGAAAAAUGUUGUUAACUGACCCUUAUUCACUUGCAUUGGUUUUAUGUCCACACAAUAGAAGUCAAUGGGGUCCGCUGCUGUUCGGGUACCCAACUUUCUUGAAAAUACGAGAGUGUGUAAAUGAUGACAGAAUUGUAAUUUUUGUGUGAACUAUCACUUUAAAUGUGGGGCCACAAAAGUAUGCAUGCGCAGUAAUGUUUAUUUAUGUUGUUGCUAGUAAAACUUACUUCUGAUUAGAAUAUACUGUAUACGUUAUGAAAGACAUAUACCUUAUUCAGCAAUUUUGUAUAUACAAAUGUUAAACUUAUAAAAGGCAUUAUAUAUGUAUUAAUGCAGUAGCACGUCAAGAUAAUAGAGGUUCUCUGACCUCAGGAGUCUUGAAUCUUGCAAUUUGUGACUUAAUUUGGCCUAUAAAAUCACCAAAAUCACCAAAGGUUUGUUCUGGCUAUUAUUUUAUUCACAUGAACUUUAUAGUCACAGUUGAGUCCUUUUGUGUAUAAGUUAAUUUAAAUUAAAUGUUAAAUGAGUUAAAUGUCAAUGAAGCACAUAUCUUUUACCAUUGAAGAUUUCUUUGGUUUUAUUGUCUCACUCUUUUGUCUUUGUGUCAAUGUUUGGUAGAUCACAGAUGUAUUCUCUUACAAAAUCUGAACGAAAUAACAAUUUAUGUGUGUUUAUGCAAACUGUUUGUGUUGUAUUUUACUGGUUGGUACAAUUAUCUCACCAAAUUAGUUUUUUUAACAAAUAACUAUGUUUAUGCUAUGAGCAUGAAUAAACAAAUCAGAUGUCAAACAGAUGUG